CUUGGUUGAACAGUUCAAUACUACUGUCAGUAAUUUGCUUUUGUUUUUUAGUACUUUUAUCCACUAAUUGCAGUUGUUUACUCAAUGAGGAAGGCAGUGCUGUUUGGAUUGUGGGGCAGUGUUGCGUCCCCUUAUCCUCUUCAGUCUUUUCACAAGUAUGAAUCAUGUCUUAACCUACCAAGAGGAUUCAUAUCAAACAUCAUUGGCAAGGGAGGCAAUGAGAGCGCUCUGUUUCGUGCUGAACAGGGAAGGAUCACACUUUCCCAGAUGUUUGCAGAGCUGGAGUCUGAGUGCCAAAAGGAAGCAGCCAGUCAGUCCCUGACCCUUCCUGUACCGUUCUCAGUCCAGAAACUCGUUGCUGAAAUAAGUCAGGUGGAGUUCAAUGAGAAAAUGCUUGCUGCUGCUGCCACUCUCAGGGACAAGGGCAUAACCACAUGUGUCUUGGCCAAUAUCUGGGUUGAUGACACCUCUCAUAGGGACAGUACCGCUAAGAUUCUGUCAGUACUGGAGAGUCACUUCGACCUGGUGGUGCAAUCUUGCCAUGUUGGGGCAAAACUUCCAGAACCUGCCAUUUUACUUACUGCCUUAAAUAAACUGAACAUCAAGCCUGAUCAUGCUAUGUGGCUGGAUGUUGCAGAGGAGAGUGUUCAGGCAGCUGAGAGCUUGGGCAUGAAUGCUGUUAAGAUUACCGACAUUUGUGAAGGACUACAAGAAAUAGAGAAAUUUACAGGGAUUCAGGUGACUUGUGAACAGAAGCCUUUGCUUUGUAAUCCUGAAGAUCUCAGCCAUGGAUAUGUAAAUAUCAAGCCUGGGGUUAAGAUUCAUUUCGUGGAGAUGGGGGAUGGGCCACCUGUUCUGCUCUGCCAUGGAUUCCCUGAAAGCUGGUUUUCCUGGAGAUACCAGAUUCCUGCCCUGGCUAAUGCAGGAUUCAGAGCUAUAGCUUUGGAUAUAAAAGGCUUUGGUGACUCCACUGCUCCAGCAGAAAUUAAAGAGUAUUCCCAAGAAGAGCUUUUAAAGGAUUUAGUAACUUUUCUGGAUAAACUGGGUCUCUCGCAGGUCACUGUGGUGGGCCAUGACUGGGGGGGUGUGCUGGCUUGGAACAUGGCUUUGUGUUAUCCAGAGCGACUGAGGGCUGUGGCUUCUCUCAACACUCCAUUUUUCCCUGUGGAUCCAAACACGAACCCAAUGGAGAAACUGAAGUCUAUACCAGUCUUUGAAUAUCAGAUCUAUUUUCAGGAGCCUGGAGUGGCAGAGGCUGAACUGGAAAGGAACUUGAAGAGGACGUUCAAACUGCUGUUUAUUGCUAGUGAUGAGAAAGAUACACAUCCACAAGUGGAUUUGACUGGGGUCAUGAAGCGAGGUGGUCUGUUUGUUGGGAUGCCAGAUGAACCUCCUAGAAGUGCCAUUUUGACUGAAGCAGCUCUGCUGUACUAUGUGCAGCAGUAUAGUAAAAGUGGCUUUAGGGGACCUCUGAACUUUUACCGGAAUGUGGAGAGGAACUGGCGUUGGAUGUGUACAAGGCCAAGGGGCAAGAUCUUGAUGCCAGCUUUAAUGGUGACUGCUGGGAAGGACAGAGUGCUUUUGCCCAGCUUUACUACUGGCAUGGAAAAGAUGAUUCCCAAUUUAUCAAGGGGCCAUAUUGAGAACUGUGGACACUGGACCCAGAUGGAGAGGCCAGCUGAAGUCAAUAAAAUUCUGAUCCCCUGGCUAAAAGAGAUUCAUCAGAGAGCCUCCAUUCCCUUCUAUCCAAAACUAUAAAAUAAUUGCUAAACAUUGUGAGUGCAGGGUUCCUAUGAAAAUACACAACUUCUAACUGUCUUGCCUGUAUCUUUAUGCUUUCACCGUUAUAUAUGAUAAUGAUACCAGUGAUAGCUCAGUGGUUAAGGUACUGGACUAGUAAGCAGAAGGUUGCCGGUUCAAGCCCCGCCACCACCAAGUUACCACUGUUGGGUCCCUGAGCAAGGCCCUUAACCCUCAAUUGCUCAUUGUGUAAGUCACUUUGGAUAAAAGCGUCUGCUAAAUGCUGAAAAUGUAAAUGUAAAAUGAUACCAUGCAUGUGUAUUAAUAUAAAAAAAAAAAAACAUGAAAUAAAAGCCUAACACAAGUUGAAUCAA